UGGAGUAACGUAUUCACAUCAACGAGAUUCGCCACAGGGCCUGGAUUCGCGUCUACGUCAUCCGUGUCGCGAAGCCCACCUUGCUCAACGAGCUACGUUUAUGUCGCAAACUCACUCCUACACCCGCAUGCCUAUCUAGUCGCUGCCAUCCUUCCUAACAUUUCCCAAGUGCUCUCUUUUACUCCUUGUCUCUUCCAGACUACAGAAGCCAACUGACACCAUGGCACCUCCCGACUACUACAAGGUUCUCGAAAUCGACUCCAAAGCCACACAGCAGCAAGUUCGCGAUGCCUACAAGAAAUCAGCGCUAAAACACCACCCCGACCGCGUUGCUUCCGACUCGCCUGAGCGCGCCGCGCGCACAAAACGCUUCCAGGCUAUCAACGAUGCAUACUAUACAUUGUCAGACCCCACGCGCCGCCGCGACUACGACACCACACGCACAUACAACGCCUUCACCGGCAGCACCGCGACGCCAGACUCUGACUUUGAGGAAGAGAUACCCAGCAACGCUGCAGGCGGUGGCGGUAGCGGCUUCGCAGGCGGCUUCCCCUGGUCCUCGUUUGGCUUCGGAUCCGCGCCAGCAGGCAACACAGAAGAGAGCCACAAUAAGUUUAGCGAAGAGCAGUUUGGCGGCAUCUUCGAGGAGAUGUUGCGGGAAGAGGGCAUGGCGGAUCAGGAUGCGCAUCCCACGGGCAAGUUCUGGAGUAUUGUUGGCGGCCUGAGUGGGGGCGCCAUGGGCUUUAUUGUUGCGAAUUUCCCGGGCAUGGUUGCUGGGGCCGUCGCGGGGAAUCGGCUCGGGGCUGUGAGGGAUACCAAGGGGAAGAGCGUGUAUGCUGUGUUUCAGGAGAUGCCACAGGCGGAUAAGGCGAGGUUGUUGUCUGGGUUGGCGGCGAAGGUGUUUGCUAAUGUCGUUUCGUGAGGUGGAUUGGUCAUGAUAUUGUACUUCUCAUAGGGUCGAAAUGGUUUGGAUUACUCACUCUAUAUAGCAAUAAGAUAUUUCUCAAC